AUGGCUGAUCAUCAAUGCGCCGGAGAUCAACUGCCGCAUGACAAUAACACUUCCAUAUUGGAAUGGUGGUUAGAGGUUCGAACGCAACGGCGCCUUGAAGGUACUGAUUACGACUCCGCGAUAUCGACGAUACGCCGUAACUGUUCCACGGAUUGA